AUGUCGGAUUCAGAUGAUUUUCGAGAUAUUGACCAGGUUGGCCCAUCAAUUUUUUACCUGAAAAACAUUGUUUUUUAGGUUUCGAACGAUUCGGGAUCAUCAUUCAGUGAUGAUACCGAAACGGAGCAGAUGAUGGAUUUUAUUCAGAAUUUCUUCAUCAGAACUCUUCGUCGUCAUCAGUAUCCGCCCUUGAGUGACGGGAACAUUAUACGUUUUGUAUGUUUGAUGAUUGCAAAAUCAUUAGAUCAGAAUAAUAAUGUUUUUCAGAGGCCGCCUCCAUACCAAACUCAACCUCUCGAUUUGUCUGAGGCCAAUAAAGAAAAUAUAUGUAAAUAA